AUGUUUGCUAAUUCAUCUUCGGGACCUGCGGAGCACUUGAUGCAGUUGGCUGGCCGUUUCUCUCAAGCUUUUCCCAAUGGUAGUCCAGAGACUCUAGUUGCAUCGACACAAGAUCAGCUCUCCUUGGCUGGAGUCAACGAUGGCAACUACUCCAGGCCAGACUGCGUUAAUCUUACUCGUGACUACGAGAUAGUGCAAGCAGCUAUGUCCGGAUAUCUUCGUCAGCCAGGCAGGACACUUGAUAUGGGAAACAAUUGGACUUUGGUAAACUCUCCGGACGAAUACCAUUUCGUCGACACUGUGGAGGGACUGGCUUGGAUUUCCAACUCUGGUUAUCUUCCCCUCAUGCCGCGGGAAGCCCUCUACCCAUUUCUCGGCUUUACUCCUCGACUUGAAUCCGGUGAAGCUUUCCUUCUGAAGUUUUCAGGAAGACCACCCGUGCGGCAAGACGGGUUUUGGAGUGUCACAAUGUACUCACAAGACGGUUACUUGGUCGACAAUCCAAUCGACAGAUACCUCAUCAGCGAUCGCAACGAGCUAAGCUAUCCGAAUGGCACAUUGGUCUACAGUUCGGGUGGUCAGGCAUUUAGUGCCCCUGUCACCGCGAUUGAAGACGCCCCAUUCCAGAUUCUCAUCCAAGCGGACGCCCCACCCCAGAAUUGGACUUCAAAUUGGUUACCCUCGCCACAGGAACCGGGAAAUUUCACUGUGGCACUGCGCUGGUAUGGACCCACUGAGCCGCUCAAGGAUCAUAGCUAUAUAUACCCUCUCCUCGAAAAGGUUGCAGCUGUUUCGGCCCAGGCGAAUUCGACAGGCGCGCCAUCCUCCACGCCCUCAGCAUCUGCCGGCCAGAGCGGCGCAACCUCAACGCCAAACAGUGCACCCACAAUGGGGAUCUUUGCGAUCGGUAACCAGGGAACGGCGGUGCUUCAGUUGGCGAUUUUGGUAUCAUCAAUCGUCUUCUACCAAACAUUUGUCUAG